AUGAGUCUCAGCUGCUUGAGGAACAUCGCGAGGUGUACUCCGGUGAAAGUUUCCCCAUCGGGCGUGUUUGUUGCGAAACUUCGGGGACCUUGUGCUGGUAGGGAAGUUAGUACGGGCGGCACGCAACACGCCGCCGUUAGCCAACAGAGCACGAAACCCGACUGGAACCGGGCCGUCAGCGAGGCCGAGAAGAUAGUCGGCUAUCCGACCUCGUUCCUCAGCCUGCGGUGGGUGCUCAGCGACGAAAUAGCGAACGUAGCGCUCCAUCUCAGGAAACUGGUCGGCAGCAACCAUCCUCUGCUGAAGACCGCCAAGAACCUGAUCUACAAUGGCAAGAACAACAUGCAGGCGUGGGGGCUGAUCGUGCUGCUUGUGUCCAAGGCAGCGGGCCACAGCCCCGAAAUACCCGACAUGGAGCAGGACAAGGCGGCUGGAGUUCUGCACAGCCAACGGGCGCUGGCGGAGGUGACGGAGAUGAUCCGCACCUCCCACCUGGUGCACAAGGGGCUGGUGAACAUGAACGCGCCGCAGCUCAGCCCAGGGGACGCGGACGACAUGAUGUUCGGCAACAAGAUCGCACUCCUCGGAGGCGACUACCUCCUGGCCAACUCCUGCUCGGAACUCGCCAAUCUUAGGAACCAAGAGCUGGUGGAGCUCAUGUCUUCGGCGGUGAGGGACUUGGCCGAAGCGGAGUUCCUGGGGGAGCGGGACGAGCAGAACAACCCCCUGCCCUCCCGCCCCCUGCCGGAGGAGCAACGUGAAGCUGCAGCAGAGUGGGAGUGCGUCCUCCAGCCGCUGCCGAUGAGCGGGGUGAGGGGCUGCGCUAGGAGGGAAUGGGUGGCCCGGCACGUGCUUAACGCGGGUGCCCUGCUCGGCAAGAGCUGUUCUGCCGCCCUCAAGCUGGCGGGGCACGCGCCCGCUCUGCAAACCCAGGGCUACCUUUUCGGCUGCCACCUGGCGCUGGCGUGGCAGGCGUUCUUGGACCUCGAGGCGUUCUCUGGGCCGGAGCCUCGCAGCUUCUCCUUGGUGGGGGCCCCACUAGCCUUCACUCUUCAGGCGCGCCCCCAGCUGUACUCGCUGAUAGAGGACGGCCGCCGCAGCGUGCACGACGUCGACUACCACGCGUUGUACCGCGCUGUGUUAGAGGGCGACGGCAUUGAGCAGACGAAACAGCUGCAGCGCGAGCACAUCGGCACCGCCUGCGAGGUGCUGGACAGUUUUCCCGACUGCGACGCGCGCACAGCCCUAGCCAAUAUCAUCGUCGCCAUGCACCCC